AGCCCUCCUCCUAACCCCCCCAGAGCCCUCCUCCUUACCCCCCCAGAGCCCUCCUCCUACCCCCAGACCCCUCCUCCUUACCCCCAGAGCCCUCCUCCUUACCCCCCCAGAGCCCUCCUCCUUACCCCCCGAGCCCUCCAACCCCCAGAGCCCUCCUCCUUACCCCCCAGAGCCCUCCUUACCCCCCAGAGCCCUCCUCCUUACCCCCAGAUCCCUAUUCCUCCCCCAGAUCACUCCUCCUUACCCCCCCAGAUCCCUCCUCCUUACCCCCCAGAUCCCUCCUCCUAACCCCCCCAGAGCCCUCUUCCUUAUCCCCCAGAGCCCUCCUCCUUACCCCCAGAGCCCUCCUCCUUACCAACUCCUCCUUACCCCCCAGAGCCCUCCUAACCCCCCAGAGCCCUCCUCCUUACCCCCAGAGCCCUCCUCCUUACCCCCCCAGAUCCCUAUUCCUUACCCCCAGAUCACUCCUCCUUACCCCCCAGAUCCCUCCUCCUUACCCCCCAGAUCCCUCCUCCUAACCCCCCAGAGCCCUCUUCCUUAUCCCCCCAGAACCCUCCUCCUAACCCCCCAGAGCCCUCCUCCUAACCCCCAGACCCUCCUUAUCCCCCCAGACCCUCCUUAUCCCCCCAGAUCCCUCCUUACCCCCCAGCCCUCCUUACCCCCCCAGAGCCCUCCUCCUUAUCCCCCCCAGAACCCUCCUUAUCCCCCCCAGAUCCCUCCUUACCCCCCAGAGCCCUCCUCCUUAUCCCCCAGAACCCUCCUUAUCCCCCAGAUCCCUCCUUACCCCCCCAGCCCUCCUUACCCCCCCAGAGCCCUCCUCCUUAUCCCCCCAGCCCUCCUAACCCCCCCAGACCCUCCUUACCCCCAGAACCCUCCUUACCCCCCAGAGCCCUCCUUACCCCCCCAGCCCUCCUUAUCCCCCCAGCCCUCCUUAUCCCCCAGAUCCCUCCUUACCCCAGAACCCUCCUUACCCCCCAGAUCCCUCCUUAUCCCCCCAGAACCCUCCUUAUCCCCCCAGAACCCUCCUUAUCCCCCCAGCCCUCCUUAUCCCCCCAGAUCCCUCCGUACCCCCAGAACCCUCCUUACCCCCAGAUCCCUCCUAACCCCCCAGAUCCCUCCUAACCGCCCCAGAACCCUCCUUACCCCCAGAUCCCUCCUUACCCCCAGACCCUCCUCCUUAUCCCCCCAGCCCUCCUCCUUAUCCCCCCAGACCCUCCUUAUCCCCUCAGACCCCCAGACCCUCCUUAUCCCCCCAGCCCUCCUAACCCCCCCAGAGCCCUCCUCCUUAUCCCCCCAGACCCUCCUUAUCCCCCCAGCCCUCCUAACCCCCCAGAGCCCUCCUCCUUACCCCCAGAUCCCUCCUAACCCCCAGCCCUCCUUAUCCCCCCAGACCCUCCUUAUCCCCCCCAGCCCUCCUUAUCCCCCCAGAUCCCUCCUUACCCCCCAGACCCUCCUCCUAACCCCCCAGACCCUCCUCCUAACCCCCCCAGAGCCCUCCUCCUAA